AUGAAGCUUCAUCUCACUUUGCCGCUGCUCUUGCAGCUUUCUCUCCCGGUCCUUUCCGCAGACACGGCGGCCUGGAGGUCUCGUACCAUUUACUUUGCCCUUACGGACCGCAUUGCUCGCGGAGCGGAUGAUGCGGGGGGCAGUGCAUGCGGAAACCUGGGAGACUACUGCGGUGGUACGUUUCAAGGUUUGGAGGGCAAGUUGGACUACAUCAAGGGCAUGGGAUUUGACGCCAUCUGGAUCACGCCUGUUGUCACGAACAGUGACAAGGGCUACCAUGGUUAUUGGGCUGAAAAUAUCGAUUCUAUCAACUCUCAUUAUGGCUCUGCAGACGAUUUAAAGAGUCUCGUUGAUGCCGCACACAGCAAAGGCUUCUACAUGAUGGUAGACGUGGUCGCCAAUCACAUGGGAUAUGCCAACAUCUCCGAUGAUCUCCCCACUCCCCUGAACGAAAACUCGUCGUAUCACCCAGAGUGUGACAUCGACUACAACAACCAGACCAGUGUCGAGAACUGUUGGAUCAGCGGCCUCCCGGAUCUCAACACUCAGAGCCCUACCAUCCGCAGCCUCUACCAGGAUUGGGUCUCCAACCUCGUUUCGACUUAUGGCUUCGACGGCGUCCGCAUCGACACUGUCAAGCACGUUGAAAAAGACUACUGGCCCGGCUUUGUCAAUGCCACCGGCGUCUACUGCAUCGGUGAGGUCUUUGACGGAGACCCAAACUUUAUGUUGCCCUACGCCAGCCUCAUGCCAGGCCUUCUCAACUAUGCCAUCUAUUACCCCAUGACUCGCUUUUUCCUGCAGCAGGGCUCCUCACAGGACAUGGUCAACAUGCAUGAUCAGAUUGGCGCUUCGUUCCCGGAUCCGACUGCGCUGGGCACUUUUGUCGAUAAUCACGACAACCCUCGCUUCCUCAGCAUCAAGAACGACACGUCUCUGCUCAAGAACGCUUUGACUUACACCAUCCUCUCGCGGGGCAUCCCCAUUGUCUACUACGGUACCGAGCAGGCCUAUUCAGGGAGCAACGACCCCGCCAAUAGAGAGGACCUCUGGCGCAGCGGCUUCAACACCCAGACCGACAUGUACGACACCAUCUCCAAGCUCACCUUUGCCAAGCACGCCGUCGGGGGCCUUGCCGACAAUGACCACAAGCACUUGUAUGUGGCCGGCGCGGCAUAUGCUUUCAGCCGUGCUGGCGGCAAGAUGGUGGCCCUUACGACCAACAGCGGCAGCGGCAGCUCGGCCCAGCACUGCUUCGGCACGCAGGUUCCUAAUGGCCAGUGGCAGAAUGUGUUUGAUGAGGGCAAGGGCCCGACGUAUUCCGCAGAUGGCAACGGGCAGCUGUGCUUGAAUGUGUCGAAUGGCGAGCCUAUUGUGCUGCUGUCUUCAUGA